AUGCAAUAUUCCUGGCCUGGUGGCUACUGCCCGCCUAUCCCAGCAUGGAGAUCCACGGCGCUUCUCAUCAUACAUAGCCAAUACGGAUAUCGCGAUCCUUCGUGGGGCGACGGUACUUCCAACCCCGAUUACGAGAAGAACGUUUCCAGUCUCAUUGCCAAGUUUCGCAGUUAUUCCAACACUACGCCCGAGGACGAACUGCCUCUCAUUAUCCACGCCCAACUCAAGCCAAUUUGGGCCAACUCCCCACUAUACCCUGGGAAAACCGGCCCCUACGGCGCAAAUGGCGAAGAGAAGGAAGGCGUAGACUUUUUAGAAUGCUCUGUCCCGCUGGUAAAUGAGCCUUCUAGUCCUUCUGAGCCUGCUUCUUCUUCUGAGCCUACUGCUUCUUCCGACUCUGUUGCUUCGCCUGAACCUACAUGUACAGGUACUCAAGCAUCUGAGCUUGCCGCUUCGCCCCCGCCAGGCAAUUCUUCCCGCUCACCCUCUAAUGAAGUUAUAAUAACUUGCCGCGGGCCCAACGUUUUUAGCAACACGCCUCUAGAAUCUUUGUUGAAAAAGAGAAACAUAAGAACGCUGCUCAUCGCUGGAAUCCCAACCGACCACGCUGUGAGCACCACCGUGCGUUCAUCUUAUGAUCUGGCCAUGGAUGGGAGAUGGGGAGGGUCGGGCUACAUUGAAGAUACCUUUAAAUGGCUGCAUACGGAUGGGGCUGGGGUAUACGGGCAGAAGAAGCACGUUUUCGGCGGCAAUCAAGAAGUAAGCCAAGAAGAUCUAGUGGACUACGCCGUAGAUAUGGCGAGGAUCAUCUUAAUUGGUGACGGAACAAGAUGUUUUGGCAAAGGAGGCGUCGAUGCUGAGAUGGUUCAUCGAGUUCACAUAGAAAGCUUGAACGCAUUUGCCGAGGUGACAAACACUGCUACUGUUAUCCGCCAGUUGUAUCAAGACGAGAGAUGGAAGACCUGGACGUUUCUUUAG